AUAUGUUUUAAUCUGACCGUCCAUAAGCAGUGCAUGUUACAUGCCAGUCAGAGCACCAGCAUCCCCAAGAGGGUUUUCCCGGUCUCCCCACUGGCCCGGAACUGGGCACCCUCGUCUCUGCAGCCCCAUCCAGCCCCCACUUCCCAGCAUCUGCCCGCAGAUGAGCCUCCGGAGGAUGGGCAGCAGGUCCUGGCACUGCCCCGCACCUGCCCCCCACCACUCAGCCCCUGUGGGGACCUCAGGAGCAAGUCAUGUCCAGCUUCUCAGUCUUCAAGUCAAUCAGUCCAUCCUCAGUUUCUAUGGGGACCGCCCCCUUCAGGGAACCUUGAAGCCAGUGGGGACACAGAGACAACCAGGAGACAAGCAGGAGAGAACGGGCCGCGCCGAGUCUACAGUCCUCCCAGGCUCAAGCGAUCCUCCUGCCUCAGCUUCCAAGUAGCUGGGACCACAGGCACCCGCCACUACCCCCAGAUGAGGACGCAAGCGAGCGCACACUUCCGAUGUCACUUCUCACGGGAGGCCUCUGUGACUGUGGAAGGACAGGCCCCGGCAGAACUCACCAUCUGCCACCUGAGGCUCCACCACCUCGAAGACAUCCUCGCAAGAUCCACAGACUGGCCCAGACCAGGAGGUUUCUGUCUUCUUCUUCUUGUGUCUUCUUCACUCCCCUGGACUGGUUCGUGAACCCUUUCUCCUAUCCCUGUUUCCUCUGGAUGUUAAAUGCUACUUUCUUUGUUGCGGAACGUUAACCUAUAACAUGUAUAUACUGAUUAAGUACACUAUUAUGUUGUCGUGUGCAAUAUUGGCUGACGUGUAGAGUGGCUUGAGCCCGUGUGACUGCAGCUCUCACUACCGAGGGAAAAGGGAGCACUAAGCAGCAUGCCUCGUUGGGAACGCCACGUGGCUCGUGGCUUUAGGGAUUGAAAGAGCCUCAAUAAAAUUCUGACAUCGUGAAAGACACAGGCAGGCUUGGAUGUGAUUAUGUCUAACUUUGCACUGCUCAUGACACCCCAUGUAGUGGUUAAUGAUUUUGCCUGCAACUUCUGCUUUCCUGAAAUGUACCCACGCCCCUAAAAAUCCCAGCUCGUGAGCCACUGGGGAGUUUGGGUCUUAAGCGUGAGCUGUCCGUUCUCCUUGCUUGGUACCAUGCAAUAAAUAUCAUUUUUCCU